UUCCCGGGCCUGACGUCACUGCCAACGCUCACUCAUUGGCCCAGUUUAGGAAGACCAAGCGUUCCCAGGACAACAAAACGCUAAACAACUGACCGAGGUAACCUGCGGCAGCUACUGACCCGCUCAGAAACACCGAGGAUUAACAUUCGCUUCAGUACAUUCGAAGUUUUCUGCGUUAAAGAAAGUUAAAGGCUUGAGUUGAGAAAGCGGGAAUCCAGGAGAAGAACCUCAAACAUGAGUGGUAACAGGAUGUACAGCCACCAGCAGAGGUUAAUGGCUCAGCGGCGGGUCCAGGAGCAGCACCGGCAGCAGGAGGCCCAGCGGGUGGACAGAGAACGGCAGGUCCAGGCCAGCCUGAGGGAGGAGGAGGGCUUCGAGAGGAGGAGGUAUCUGCGACAGGUGCAGCAGGAGCUCAAGGAGCAGCAGAUAGAGAGCGCACUGCUCAAGGUUUGUGUGUCUGUUUCGGGGGUGACAAUUGACAUUUAAGCACGCUCUAUUCGGAUUUAUUUUUCUGAAUAUAUUGGUUUUCACUUUUACAGGUGAGAGAUGGAUCCAUUCUGAAAUCUGGUGAAAUUUUUAAUCAGAAAAAUCCUUUCAGCAUAAUAGCAAAUACUUCAAAUGAAAAACUAAAUAAAAUUCUUCUGGAAUUAAUUAAAAUGCAUGUAAAGUAUCCAAAUGAAACUAAAUAAAGCAGUAGUUGUUUUUCCUUGCAGCAUAAAUAAAGUAAUGGAAUACAUCUAGUAUAAAGGCAUAGAAUAAGAGAUUUUGAGACCAUCUCCAUUUACAUAUAUAAUCUUCUUCUUUCACUGUUCCAAUCACCACAGUGGAUCAACUCCUAUCUCACCAUAGCACCAACCCCCCCUCCUUAAUUAUAGCCAUGAAUUCCCCCUAAGAUCUUCCUCUUUUCCUCCUUCUUAGCAGCUCCAUCUUCAACAUCCUUUGUCCAGUAUAUCCAAUGUCCCUCCGCUGCACCU